AUGGCUCCCUUUGGUCGUCAGGCACGUCUCGUGGUCACCAAUGGCCAGCUUGGACACAGAGAGUGUACAGCUCAAAGAAGCUGUUGGGCACUGGCACUCUCUGUUAUUGAAGAUUGCCCCCUUAAGCGGGAGUUUAUUGCUUUCGUCGAUGGCGAGACAGAGGACCCUCAAGAGUCUCUCGUCCCCAUCGAUGCUUUUGUUGCUGACAAUGAUAGAGCCGACUGGCAUACCCAUUGUCCCGAGAUGAUGAGGAUAUGGAAGGACUUUUGCACAAAGGUCGCUUCCGCCUCCAACGGCCAAGUUGCUAUCAACGAGAUGGCAGCGCCCUCAGGCCCCCUAAAGUCCAGAGCUACCUUCCUCUGGCACUACCCCACCGACACCUCUCCCAAUACGAUCUUCUCGCACGUUAUGGACCCAGGCAGUGCCAGUCUGAAAGUGCAGUCGAUCAAAAACGGGAUGAGGGGGGAUCUAAAGACUCUGGGCUUGAUUCCUAUUAGAGUCCCAUACCAAGUAACUGGCCCCAAAUGGGAGGAGACUUACAAAAAGCAGUGGCCAGCAAUCUACCAAGCUUGUCUCCGCCUCACCAAGGAGCUUGUCAAGAACGACAAGUUUAUCUUUGCCAUAGGCAAAGAAGUGUUCCCAGCCUUGAAAGGGAUAUGUGAGUCUCUUAGGCUAACGCUAGAACACCUGGACCUUAACGUCCAGACAAAGAUGUGGGAAAAGUCCCCACGUAUCUAUGUUGCUCGCGAUUCAGCUGGCAAUAUACAAAAGGUGAUCUUCUGGACGUUUCACGGCCAGUUUAGCUUCGCCAACAAGAAGGCCAAUGUUGGGGCAGUUUGGGACUUACUAUACAAUGCAUGUUACGAACUUGCUGGAGUCCCUGUCCUCAACAAUGGCUAUUUCGAAUGGAAGGCUGGUGCUACUGCCAGUCGCAUGUGGGCUAAUGUGACAUCACAGGUCGGGAAUAUUACUAACCGAGACAUGUACAAUGCCCUCAUGGCCAAAGAGAAUACAGAGCACAAGUCCUGCUCUGUCGAGCUGGUACUGGAGUGCUUCCCUGCACUGACUGAGAAGGAACCUGGGCUUGUUGACAGAAUCAAGUCUGCAGUGAGUGAGAAGGGCUACAGUCCCCUUUACCCCAUCCUUCAAUUCUUUCAAGCCCAGGAACUUCCAAAAAUACUGGCGACCAAGAGAAGCAGGCCUGCGCCUCCUGAUUCUCCUCCGCGCAAACGAAUGGCGCUUAACGAUGGUCAGAAGAGAGGUCACGCUACCAAGAGAGCACAGCUACUCUCCAAGUACGACGCCCUCCUUAAUUCCUUCAAAGCCCGCCAGGUCGAGGCCAGUCGACUUGAUCCGAACAAGCCUGCCGAGCACGCCCGUGCCCUUCCCAGGCUCGACGAGAUCAAACAGCUUCGGGCAGACGAAGACUUCAAGCGGUUGAGUACCAAACUCAGCUUUUGGGUCACCUUCUUCUCCGAAGAGUAUCCUCGCGGAUUGCGCUGGUCCCUCAGCCUGAUCCUUUUGCCAACGCGACCCAUCCGGGGAUUAAGCUCUUGGACGUAUCCUAUUUCAGGAAUAAGUCAAUUAGAGUCGAAGCGGUUGGCCCUCUUCCAGAGGAUGACGACGAGGAUGAGGAAUGAUCUGCCACUCCUGGUGUGA